CCUCCCUCUUUUUCCGGCGGACACCGAGCCCGACGAGCCCUGCUGGGCGCCUAGAGCGUCGCCGGAAGUGCCGAGCGGCGGGGACGAAGGUCGGGCGGGAGCACUUCCUGCUCGGGACGCGGCUCGGGGUGUGUGGGACGUGUGGGACGUGUACAUCGUCCGGGCUUGAGGAGACCUAGUGGAUCGGCGUGUGUUGCUCAGGGCGAACGACCGUAGGACCAGAACUGAGAAGAGUGGAUUCCAAAUCAUGGCAGUUCCUGAAAAAGAAUCAUAUCCAGUGAUGUCCAGAUUCCUAAAAGAUAUCCCACAGGGAUUGGAAUGUCAUAAAUCUUGCAAAAGUGAGGAAGAUGUCGAGAUACAGCAGAAUUCCUUGAUUGGAACAGUUUUUGACAAGAAAACUGCCAAAAGGGAGGAAGACUUCAGUGCCAGCCCAAAUCUUGGUCCACAUCAUCCGAGUAGUACAGGACGACCUCAUAAAUGUAAUACAUGUAACAGAAGCUUCAAAUGUUACUCAGAUGUUGUUAAACAUCAGAGAUUUCAUACUGUAGAAAAACCCUAUGAAUGUGGGGAAUGUGGGAAAACCUUCAGCCAGAGCUCAGAUGUUAUUAAACAUCAUAGAAUUCAUUCUGGAGAGAAACCUUAUGAAUGUAGUGACUGUGGGAAGACUUUUAUUCACAGCUCACAUGUAGUUAGACAUCAGAGAAUUCAUAGUGGAGAGAAACCCUAUAAGUGCAAUGAAUGUGGCAAAGCCUUCAGCCAGGGUUCGAAUCUUAUACGUCAUAAGAGAAUUCAUACUGGAGAGAAACCCUAUGAAUGUAAUGAAUGUGGCAAAGCUUUUAAUCAAUUUUCAUUACUUAUUGAACAUGAGAGAAUUCACACCGGAGAAAAACCAUAUGAAUGUAAAGAAUGUGGUAAAACGUUUAGUCGAUGUUCAGGUUUUAUAACUCAUCAAAGAAUUCAUACUGGUGAGAAACCUUAUGAAUGCAGUGAAUGUGGGAAAACUUUCAGUCGAAGCUCAGAUAUUAUUAAUCAUCAGAGAAUUCAUACUGGAGAGAAGCCCUAUGUAUGUAAAGAAUGUGGAAAAGCCUUCCGAGGCUGGUCUAGCUUUAUUCAGCACCAGAAAAUUCAUACAGGGGAAAAGCCCUAUGAAUGCAGUGAAUGUGGGAAAACCUUUAUCCGGAGGAGCCAGCUUACCAAACAUCAGAGAAUUCACACCAGAGAUACCCCUUUUAAUAACCCUCCCUAUUUAUUAAAUAGGGAAGAAAGCGAGCUUUGUAUAAUAGAUUAUCCACUUUAGAGAAAUCUCUAAAAUAUUAGAAGUUGCCAGAGAGCAGGUACUUUGUAAUUUUGUGUAAUUCCUGUUGCACUGUUCCUGGCUUAGCACUCCAAAUAAAGUGCUAGUAUUUUUUUCAUCAAGAACUGUUUGUAGGUUAAUUGUUUUGAAAUAUGUCGCUAUUUCCUCAUUACUUGGCACUCUCAUAUCUAAGAAGAACUUGGAGUAUAUGGUGAUAUGGAUGUCUAGGGAGGAAAAUUUUUCAAGAAGAAAGGGAUGUUGUUUUUUGGACAUUAUGAGGAGCACUCCAAGUAUUGAGAAGGAUAAGAACUAGGGGAAGUCAUUAAUGAAUCAAGUAGUCUUAAUCAGGGCUCUUAUUAACCACAACUCAGGAACUCUGGAAAGCAAAACAAAGAAAAACAAGAUUGGAGUGAAUGAUAGUUUGAGAAUCCAAUCUAAAAUGUUAGAACCUGAAGGACUCUUAGAGAUUGAGUCCAAUUCCCUCAUUUUGCAGAUGGGAAACUACUUCCUGCUCUCCUCCUCCCCAUUCUUGCUCUUCAGAAGCAGAUAAGGGUUCCUUGGUGAAGGAGCUCAUAAUGAACUGAAUGUGCUUGAUGAAUCUAAGUGGUCCAGUUUGAGAGUUUUUGGAUUUCAGGAACCAACUGACCAUUUUUACCUCAUCCCAAGAGGUAGCAGCUUCUCGGUUCAGUGGACGUCAACAGCUAAGGAACUGGUGGAAUGUCAAGGUUUCCUGUAGAAACACAUGGUAGGAUCAGAUGUACUUGCCCCUGGGUCUGAGAAAUUCACAGGCAAUAUUUCUGAAGUCCAACCUCCUUUGUGGAGGGAGGAUCUAAAUUUUCCAGCCAGUGUGAUUAUAGAAACUAGGUUUUUGGUAGAGAGGGGAGAAUUAUGGGUCAGUGCCAGCUUUGGAGGCUGCCUCCAGAGGAACCCCAAGUUCAAGAGUUUGGUGAUCUGACAUUCUAGGGGUAGCAGGGGAUUUUCUGAGUGUUGUACUUCUUGUGGAUAGAAGAGGAUUACCCAUAUAAUGAGGAGUAGGGAGAGACUUAAAACCACAAUAAAGAGGAACCGAAGACCUGAAUUUUGUUACCUGCUAUUACUGUGAAUAGUUAGGACAGUAGCAGUUCAGUGAGUGUGUUUGCCUUCCAAGGGAGAAAUCUAAACAUUGUUCCUACAAAUCUGAGGAAUACUGCGUAAGGUGAGGGAAAAGAGGGAUUCCACCAGAAUGUCAGGGUAUUGUCAAGUUUGCGGAUUUCUAAGGGGAGCUUAGAGGUAUCUGAGCUCUUUAAGUAUUAUCUGUAUCUGUUUGUGGGCUCCUGAGACCUUUGUAACACCUGUGUUUCAGAUAAAGUAAAAGCUGUCUUUUACCCAGUA